AUGGCGAGGAAGAAAGUGAAGCUUGCUCUGAUCGCUAAUGAGACGGCUAGGAAGGCCACCUUCAAGAAAAGGAAGAAGGGUUUGAUGAAGAAGGUAAGUGAGCUUAGCACCCUGUGCGGGGUGAGUGCUUGUGCCAUCAUUUACAGUCCCUACGACAGCCAGCCAGAUGUCUGGCCGUCCCCGCCGGAGGCCCAACGCGUGAUCGCAAGGUUCAAGAGCUUGCCGGAGAUGGAACAAAGCAAGAAGAUGAUGAACCAGGAGGCAUUCCUGAGGCAAAGGAUAUCCAAAGUGAAGGAGCAGCUCAAGAGGCAGGAGAAGGAGAACCGAGAUUUGGAGAUCACCCAACUUAUGAAUCAGGCCUUGACAGGGAAUAAGAGCUUGCACGACGUGGGUGUUGAGGAUUUGGGUGAUUUGGCGUGGAUGGUGGAGGAGAAGAUGAAGGCAAUACAAGAGAGGAUCGAACUCCUUACGAGGACACCUCCCCCACCAUUUCUUCCGGUAGACGAGAAGAGGAUGAUGAUGAGGUAUGGGAAUGGGGAAGGAGGUAGUGAGGCGGAAAGGACAACCUUAGAGGUGGCCAUGGAGGCCUUGCAGAGGCAAUCCUGGUUCAUGGACGUCAUGAACCCACACGAACACGUCCAUGUGGGUUGCGCUGGGGAUGACAUGGUGAUGCCUGCUACUUAUGGGGAACCUGCUAGUUCCUGGUCUAAUCCUUUCUUUCCCUAA